AGCCUCUGGUCCUCAGUUUUUAAUCGCGAUAUAUCCACCUCUGGCAAUAUGGUACGUGAGUGAAAUUCAAUCUGGAAAGUUAAAUGGACAUUGGAGGUGAUAUAUGUGUAUAAAUAUUUUCUGGAAAUGGCUUACUAACAAGGUGAUUGGUGAAAAUACGUAGCCAUGUCUAAUCCCCAUUAGGUCGAAAAUCCUGUGUUCUGUGUUUGUUUACAUGCAGUCAACGUGGGCACUGGAGACUGAAAAAUUACAAUUCUGAAGAUUAUUACAGGAUACUAGUGGCUAGAAACUGAUAAUUCUUGGCAGAACAAUGGUGAACAUUCCAAAGACCAGGAACACUUUUUGCUGGAAGUGUAAGAAACAUCAGCCACACAAAGUUUCCCAGUACAAGAAGUCCAAGGAGCGAACAUUUGCCCAAGGUCGCAGACGUUACGACAGGAAACAAUCUGGAUACGGUGGUCAGUCCAAGCCUAUCUUCAGGAAGAAGGCUAAGACCACAAAGAAGAUAGUGCUGAAGAUGGAAUGUAACAAAUGCAGAAUCAAGACCCAGCUGCCCCUCAAGAGAUGCAAGCACUUUGAAUUGGGAGGUGACAAGAAGAGGAAGGGAAUGAUGAUCCAGUUCUAAACUGUCUCUUGAAGUAAAGAAAAAAAUCA